AUGUGCGAAGUCAAAGUGUACAUCUUCGGAAACUGCAAAUGCCGCACCAGCCGGAUAUUACUAUGCGCAACUGCGGAAGAAAACAACUAUGAGCCCUGUAAAAGACAAACUCUAGCAGACAAAGACUUUUCAAAUGGCAAAGCUCGCUGUCCUUAUCACCAGAACUUGUUUGAGAUGCAAAGCCAAGAAAACAAUCAAGGAAAACAAGAAGGAGGGAAAAAUACACCACGCGAUAAAGAUGUGGGGAUAAUUCGAAGUUUCUCUAAAGACGAAACUUGGUAUUUCUCUCCAAAGGAAUCAGGAGCUGGACGCAUCACGGUAGAUCACAAAGGGGAGGAAAGAAGGUUCCCUGCAAAGUCUCCAGAACCUGUCAAAAAGAUUCGUGUGCGUAUCGCCAUCCCUCCUCCGCCUCCACCACCACCUACUUUGUAG